CCUGUCGGGAAACUCUCAGCUGCACCCAACGCCCACAACGCCAUUGCCCUUUCCUUGCCUGUAUAUGCUCCUUCAUCUAACACGAAAUUGCCUCCCCCGAACCUCAACCUGUAGGUUCCCUCCACGGACUCGCUCUUUCCACCACCGUCGCCGCAAAAUGGCCGACGCGAUCCCCCUCUCCGAAAUCCCUACUCUCUCGCUCCUCUACAAGAUCAAUAAAAUAGCACCCUCCCCCGACCUCGACCCCUCGACCCUCCCCACCCCCUCCGCAGCCUACAACGAUAAGAUCUCCGUCAUUCGCCAAGACAUCACCGUCCUCGCCGUCGACAGCAUCGUCAACGCAGCCAACAACUCCCUUCUCGGUGGUGGCGGCGUCGACGGCGCCAUCCACUGCGCCGCAGGCCCUGAGCUCCUCGACGAGUGCGAGCUCCUCGAAGGCUGCGACACCGGCGAUGCGAAAAUCACCAACGGCUACGAUCUCCCCGCGAAGAAGGUAAUUCAUGCUGUUGGGCCGAUAUACUGGGAUAAGCGGGCGGCUGGCAAGCACACGACGUUGCUGAGCGGGUGCUACAGGAGGAGCCUGGAGCUGGCGGUCGAGAAUGGGUUGAAGAGCAUUGCGUUUUCAGCCUUGAGUACCGGCGUCUAUGGGUAUCCGAGCGGUGAGGCGAGCGAGACGGCCUUGGCAACUGUGAGGCAGUUCAUGGAUGAGGGGAAGGCGGAUGACAUGGACAGGAUUAUUUUCUGCAAUUUCAUGCAAAAGGAUGAGGAUGCCUAUUUCGAGAAUAUCCCGAGAUUCUUCCCGCCUGUCGUCGCUGAGCCUGAGAACGCUGAUGAACCCGGGAAGGAAAAAUCGACUGACGAGACCGAGCUUGCUGCUAAGCUUCCUGACGUGCCGACCGAGGAGCCGAAAGAUCCUGCCGAGCCAUUAUCGAAGAAACAGAAGACUGAGGCUGCUGAGGAGGAAUUCGUAGCCGUAGAUAGGGAGAAGACGGAGGAGGCGGAGGAAGCAAAACAGAAAGAGGCUGAGGCCCCGAAAGCAGACCUCUGAGUUCUAUCACGAUUUAUGGAAAGUAUGCAUAGUCUGUGUGGUUGACGGAUUGGCGUUUCGGGUGACAGCACCCUCAUAGACUAUACCCUCGGUCUGGCCGCUGCAAUAACAGAUUAUUGGCCCCAAGUAUUUCCGUCUCUUCAUUCACGAAGACUUCUG